AUGAACUACACUUGUGUCUCGGAUUUCACUUACUUUGAUUCUGCGGAGUUUUUAUCCCUAGCCUUCCACACCACAAGUAUCAUCGGAACACCGAUUCAUUGUUUGGGAUUUUAUUGUAUUUUGUUCAAAACUCCAGAGCAAAUGAAAACCGCCAAGUGGUACCUAUUCACCUUGCACACGUGGAUUCUUACCUUUGAUUUUUCGUUGAGCCUAUUUACUGCGCCAUAUUUAUUGAUUACUGAAGCAAUGGGAUAUCCGCUUGGAUUUUCAAAGUAUACAAAUAUUCCAUUAAUUAUUCAGUUUGUGAUGGUCAUUGAUUUCGGAACAAACGUGGGGAUUUCUAUCGUUUCGUUAUUCGAAAAUCGAUUCUACAUAAUUUGUACAUUUUCCUGGAAACAAUCCUGGACAUUUUGGAGGCGUAUUUGGCUUGGAGCCCACUAUAUUGUAGUUCUACUUUUACUAAGUGUUGUUCCAUUUCUGGUACCCGAUCAGCAGACUGCUGUAAAUCGGGCUUUCAAGAAUCUCCCAUGCCUGCCAAAAUAUGUCUAUGAAGCGCCAAUUUUUGUGCUCGCUGAUAAUAAAGCCUUUCUUAUUAUAGGUGCAGUUUUCGUCGGUGUAAUUUGGUUUUCCGAAAUAUCAACGUUUGUAUUUUUUCUGUUUAUGAAUAUUGCGAAGCAGCGGCAAGAAAAAACAAUGUCGCAAAAAACAUUUCAACUUCAAAAGAGAUUUGUAAUUGCACUAAUUAUUCAGACCGUCAUUCCUGUUUUUUGUUUAGCAGUUCCUCUUAUUUACACAGGAAUCACAGUUGUAUUGGGUUAUUUCAAUCAAGCCAUAAUUAACGUUUUCAUUGUUACUAUUGCUUCUCAUGGAAUAGCAUCAACAAUUGCGAUGCUACUACUUCAUAAGCCGUAUCGGCAUGCAGUCAAAGAGCUUUGCUAUAAACCAAUCAGAAAGUCUUUUGAAGUAUCGGUGCAACCAAUUAACAAUUAUAGAAGAAACACUUUUGUAAUUGCAGGAAUUUAA